AUGAGUAUAUCAAUGGGAUUUAACAUCUGUGUGGUCACCUGCAGCAUCCUGCUCUUGUCCUUCAGUCCACCAUGCUGUGCAUCUCAGCAACUGGAGGAGAGGGACAUGACAAAGGUUCAGCAUGGCCCCUGGGCAGUGAAUGGUGUAGAAGAUGAAAGGACAAGCAUGCAGAACUUGAAAGAUAAUCUGGGUUCUUCUGAACAGCCUGUCUCUGAAGAGCCCUGUGGAGUGUCAGCAAAGCCAUCUGGGAUGCCUUUCACUGAAGCUUUCACUGCAGAAGGAGAAGCACAGCCUGCAAGACCAAGCCAUGUCCUUCCAGGCAGCCAGGUCCUGAAUGCUCACACCUUUCCUGCAGUGGUGGCUGCUGUAGAUGAAGAGGAUCUUAGUCCUACAGCAUCAGAGCUGGAUGAGGACAGUGCAUUCAAGGCCAUGCUGACCACAGCUGUGACCACACUGAGCCCUGCUGCCCAGGAGGAGGCUGCUGGUGGCCCUGUUGGUGGGACCACCACAGAGGGUGGUGUUGAAGUGGAGCACACCUCUGCUGGUCUCUUGGAAACCCCCCUUCCUGGGACAACUGGGGAGGAGGAGGUGGCAGAGAGCAGCUUGCACCCCUCAGCUGAGCCUCAGCCCACACUGCACCCCAGCUCUCCCACCUGGGAAAUGACAAGUGACCACCCUGUCUUCCCAGCUCCCCAGGCUCACAGCAUCUCCAAGGUGGGAACGCCAGGAGUCCCCACGGGGAGCCCUCUGAGGUCCCUGGCUGCCCAGCAUCCCCCCCCAGCAACAGAGGCCUCUCUGCACCUGGAGGCAGGGCUGGGUGCCAGGCAAGGGAAGCUGCCCACCCUGGCUGGCACUGUCACCACCCACCCUGAGGACACUGUGCCACCUGACUGGGAUGACACAAAACUGGGGGGUAUCAGUCAAAUUGCAUCUCGAGAGGAGGUCAUGGAGGACCUGGGGGCAACAGAGCCCUCCCAGUCACCACAGGGAGGUGCUGGGGAGGAAGAGGAUGCAACAAGAGUGCUGCCACCCCCAGCAUCCCCUCCACCAACUCCUGGGCUUUCUGAGGAGACCAACAGCACAGCACUGGGGCGAGGGGAGGAGGUGCCAGCACCUUCCACCAGCAGUGGUGACACUUUCCACACUGUGAACCUGACGGAUGUGGACAUGGCUGAUCUCAAUACCCUGGAAAACAUAAGUGUGGCCAUAACAGAGGAGGGGAAGCGCAUCCUGCCAUCACAGCCUGUGAUGAUGGAUACACAGUCUGAUCUCUUUCCUACUCUGGAAAGCUCAUGGGAAGGUGUUACUCCAGAGGUGACAACAGUUGCCCAGGAGGCUGAUGCUCUUUCACUUGUGACACUGGCACCUGAUGCUACCCAGGAAACAGGAGCUGCCAGCUUCCUGCAAGAGAACAGUGGGGAGGACACCCAAAUGCCAACUGCUCCCAGUGCCACCCAGAUGUUGGUGUCAACUGAUACAUCCUCUAUGGCAAACUCUCCAGAUGUAGAAGAUCUCACAGAUGUGGUCCUGGGCACCAGUGAGAAGGCUGUUCCAGCUCCUGGUGAGUUGUCUGCUACUCAGUCUGGACAGAUGGAGGAGCCAUCCAGCAGAACGGUGGUCCUGGGAACUCCAGCAUCAAUGGCAUCUUCUGGCAGGAGGACAGCUCUUCCCUCUGUGAGGAGGAUCAGUACAGCUGUGACCUAUGGGCUGGACCACCUGGAGUCAGAAGAGGGUGAGGAAGAGGAAGAGGAUGAAGAGGAGGAGGAGGAAGAGGAGGAAGAAGAGGAGGACAAAGACAUAGAUUCGAUGGAUGAAAGCAUGGAGGGUGACACAGAGCUGCCGGGCUUCACGCUUCCAGGCGAGACCUCCCAGGAGCCCCUAGGAGGCCUGGAAAACCCUGUAGCCCAGCUGGCUGGGGUGUCCUACCAGGUUCCUGACACCAUUGAAUGGGAGCAGCAGAACCAGGGUCUGGUGAGAAGCUGGAUGGAGAAGCUGAAAGAUAAGGCAGGAUACAUGUCGGGGAUGCUGGUUCCUGUGGGAGUGGGGAUAGCUGGGGCCCUCUUUAUCCUGGGAGCUCUCUACAGCAUCAAGAUCAUGAAUCGCCGAAGGAGAAAUGGCUCAAAGAGACAUAAAAGAAAGCAGCGGGAAUUCAACAGCAUGCAGGACCGGGUCAUGCUCCUCGCCGACAGCUCCGAAGAUGAGUUUUGA